CUGGUCACUUGUUGAUCGGAGCGCACACAUCGGAAACCACACGUAUCUUACAAAGGACGUGACUCUGCACCGAGCAGCCUGUCGUUUCGUAUUUUUGACAAGAAAAUCUGCACUGAACCGAUUUUUUUCCCCCCAUUGUUCUUGGAGUAUUUUUUAAAGAAACGCUCAGGCAGGCGCAACUAUUGGACUGAAAACCCCCAAAGCGCACAUAAGUGGUUAUCAUGUCAGGAGAAGAGGCUCCAACUCAGCAGCAGCAACCUGAGCAGGAGAAGAAGCCCGAUGAGCCUCCCUCGGCUGCUCCGGAUGCACCCCAGCAGGAGUCAGGCAGCAGCCCUGCACCAGCAGCUGCAGCACCAGCAGCAGCAGCAGCUGCUGCCGUGGCCGAGGAGAAGCCGCUCUCCUGCCGCGCCCUGGUCCUCACGGGACAUGGGGGCUACGACAAAGUCAAGCUGCAGGUGAAGACGCUGGCCAAGCCGAAGCUGAAAGCGGGAGAGGUCCUGGUGCGCGUCAAGGCGUGCGGGCUGAACUUCGCCGAGCUGCUGGGCCGGCAGGGUCUGUACGAGCUGCUGCCUGCCCCGCCCGUCACGAUGGGAAUGGAGGGCUCCGGGGUCAUUGAAGCGGUCGGGGAGGAUGUGAAGGACAGGAAAGUCGGUGAUCGUGUCAUCGCGUUGACCCGCAGCGGCAUGUGGCAGGAAGUAGUCGUCGUGCCUGCUGACCGCACCGUCCCUAUGCCCGAGGAGAUGAGUUUUGAGGAAGGCGCAGCUCUCACUAUUAACUACAUGACCGCCUACAUGAUGCUGUUUGAGAUGGCCAAUCUUAGGCCUGGCAAAAGUGUUCUUAUACACAUGGCAGCAGGUGGUGUGGGUAUUGCUGCUACCCAGCUGUGUCAAACUGUGCAGGAUGUGACUGUUUUUGGCACGGCGUCAGCUUCCAAACACGAGACUAUUACCCAAGGCGGGGUAACUCACCCCAUCGACUACCGCACCAGAGACUACGUGGAGGAAAUCCGCAAAAUCAGUCCAAAGGGUGUUGACAUCGUCCUCGACCCCCUUGGUGGCUCCGACACCCAAAAAGGCUUUGGUUUGUUGAAGCCUCUGGGCAUGAUUAUAGUCUUUGGUGCAGCCAAUUGUGUAACAGGCCAGAGGAAGAACCUGCUGGCCAUGGCAAAGACCUGGUACAACCAGCUGUCUCUUAACACCAUGAAACUGAUGCAGGCCAACAAAGCUGUCAGUGGCUUCCACCUGGGGUACAUCACUGAUGAGCAGCUCUUGGACAGGACUAUGUCUAAGCUGCUUGAACUCUACAAGCAGGGAAAGAUCAAACCCUGCAUCGACUCCUGCUAUCACUUUGAGGACGUGACUGAAGCCAUGAAACGCAUGCAUGAACGCCAAAAUAUUGGGAAAGUUAUCCUUCUUCCUGAACCUAAGAAGGAGGAAGAGAAGCCAAAGUCCAGUGCUGAGGUUGGAGAAAAUGUGGAAAAAAAUGAUGCUGCCGUCAGCGAGAAGAAAGAAGAGGAAGUUAAAGCAGAAAAGGAUUGAGUAAGAGUGUUUAUUUCGAGGGUUUCCUUUGUUCGGUUGCCUUCCAAAAAAAAAAAAAAAAAAAAAAAAAGGGGAAAGGGGGCAAGAUGUCAUGAAUUCUUUGUCAGUAUUUUUUUGAAAUGUUCAUGGAUUUUUGUUGUGCAAUAUGGUUAUACUGUGGUGUCUUUGUCGGGAACACUUGUUUGUUCGUUUUUUAAAAUAAAAUGUCACUGCAUUCUGAUACAUUAUCUGAGGGGGAAAAAUGUGUUCUCAUUUCCAAAUAUUGUUAAAAGUGGGCCAUGACAACAACUUGAUCACAGCUCUAACAUAACACUGGUAAUAACAGCUUACCAGGGCUGGUGCUUAUAAGACUAAGUUUGAUCAGUCACUUUGAAAAGUAGGACUGAGCUUUGCUUUGAAAACAAAAAAAUACUGUUUUUAGCAGUGUUUAAAUGUGAUUGUGCUCAUUUCAGACUACACUCAUAUCUAUCCAAGCAUCCAAUCUGCCAACAACACCGUUUCAAAAGUGACAGAGCAAUGCACCAUCAUCACAACUUGCAUUAGGAUUAUCCAGCUUUGUACAGCCUAUACAGAUAAGGUUGUCAUUUUAGGCAAAGAUAUAAUUUUUAGAGUUUUGUCUCUGCACGCCUCCACAGUGGAUUUUAAAUCUGUUAAAAUGUGACUGAAGUGCAGACUUUCAGCUUUAAUUCAAGGGGUUUAACAAAGAUUUUGCAUUAACAGUUUAUGGCUUACAGAUGUUUUUAGAGACACUAGUGGCAAUAUAUGCCCCAUACAUGUAUGAAAAACUAAAAUAUACAAAUUCAACAGUUUGAAUCAAUUUCUGGUAUUCAGUCUACUUCAGUUGUCAUGAAAUAACAAGGGAAAUGAGAAGGGAACAUUGCUCAGCUGGACAUGUCAAAUGAAAUUUGAGCCUCUGAAAAUGGGAGGGGUCAUAUAUAAAAAUGAUUGUAAUUCCUAAACAGUUUGUGCAAACAUUUGUAAAACCUCUUGAAUUAAAGUUGAAAGUCUGCACUUGUUUUUUGUUUUGUUUUUGUUUUGUUUUUUAAUCUGUGGUGGUGUACAGAGGCAAAACUAUAAAAAUUAUAGACCUAAGUCUACAUGCAAGAGGAUGGCUUAUGUGUGAAAAUGACACUGAAGAUGUCGGCAUGUUAUUUUGGAUGAUAAUCACAAUGAAACGGAAAUAAACACAGAUGGCGGUUCUAUUUUAAAGUAAGUGGAGCACUUGCAUGUUCUGAGGUUUUUUGUAAUCGCCCUAAAAGAAGCAUUUCCAUUAAAGGAUUGAUGGCAAGUUGACAUAUUAAAAAUCUGUAUUUGUACUUUUGACUUUUACACUUUUCCCAAAAUUUCCCACCUCAUUAUUUUUGGAGCUGGUGCAGAAAAUAUGACCAAAAUUAUGUCUUCCAGAUGCAUUCAAGAGGCUUCAUACAGCUCACAUAAUGUGCCAUACAGAAAGACCUUCUACCAAAAAAAAAAAAA